GAGGAAGUCGCCUCCUCCCCACCCACCCAUUUCUCCUAAUGUAAGUAGCACUGGCAACGCAACCGUGGUGGCGCCGCGUCGAGUGCAGAGCAACAACUCGGAUGAUUACUGGGCGCCGGCCGAUGGCUCGGGGCAGCCGGCAUUGGUGCCGGAGGAGGAUAUGGGGAAAGCGCAGGGUCCCCUCUAUGACGCCGGAAACGCCACGAUCAGCGGAUCGGACGAGGAGCCCGUCGUCGGCAACGGCACUAAAGCGCAAGAUGUAACCGCAAUGCCGACGCCGCCGUGGCGGAGAGCGGAUGCAGCGAAUUCCACCGGAAACCCCAUCAUCGGCGCUCCCGAUGAGCCCUCGGACUCCGACGGCGCCACCGGGAACUCUACCGACACGGCUGUGCCUUCGAGUAAGGAAGAUCGAAACGCGAACGCCAGCGUCGACAAUGUACCGCCGAACUCGACGCGGCGAGCAGCGCUGCCAUCUAGAACGCCGGAUCAGCGAAAGGAGGACAGACGCAGGCGCAAGAGAGCGUCCAUGGCGAGGCACAAGCAGCGCUCGACCAGGCGACGGAAGGAGUUCGUCCACCCGAUGCAGGAAGUAGCUGCCGCCGACAACAGCGACGGCACCGGUACCGGCACCGGCACGGCAGGCGCGAACACCAGAGUUGCCAGCGGGUCAGGCAACCAACGGGUGGUGUGGACGUCUGCCGCCGACCACAGCGACGGCGCCGGCACCGGCACCGUCACGGCAGGCGCGAACACCAGCGUUGCCGUCGGCCCAGUCAACCACCGGGUGGAGUGGACGCCUUCCGCCGACCACAGCGAUGACACCGGCACUGGCACCGUCACGGCAGGCGCGAACACCAGCGUGGCCGUCGGGCCCGGCAACCACCGGGUGGUGUGGACGUCGGGCGUGCAGGACCUGGUGACCUUCGCCAAGUGCGACCUGUUCAGCGGGAGGUGGGUGAGGGAGGAGAACCACGCCUUCUACCCGCCGCGGUCGUGCCCCCACAUCGACGGCGACUUCAACUGCCACAAGAACGGCCGGCAGGACACCGGCUUCCUCAACUGGAGGUGGCAGCCGACCGGCUGCAACAUUCCCAGGAUGAACGUGACUGAUUUCCUGGAGAGGCUGCGAGGCCAGAGGAUCAUAUUCGUCGGAGACUCGCUGAACCGCAACAUGUGGGAGUCUCUGGUCUGCACUCUCCGCCAUGGCGUCAGGAACAAAAAGAACGUGUACGAGAAGUCCGGGAAGAACCAGUUCAAAACCAGAGGAUUCUAUUCCUUCAAGUUCAGAGACUACAAUUGCUCUGUGGAUUUCAUAAGAUCGACAUUUCUGGUCAAAGAGACGGUCCGCGAGAGCCCAAACGGCACCGUACUCGACGAGAAGCUGAGGUUGGAUGAGCUAGACGCAACGACUCCGGCGUACCAGACCGCCGACAUCGUCGUCGUCAACACCGGGCACUGGUGGACUCACCCAAAGACGUCAAAAGGGCUCAACUAUUAUCAAGAAGGCUACCGUGUUCACCACAGCCUUGAGGUGAUGGAGGCAUACAGGAAAGCACUGACCACAUGGGCCAAAUGGGUCGACAAGAACAUAAACCCAACAAGAACUCAGAUCGUGUUCAGAGGACUCUCCCUAACACACUUCAAGGGAGGGCAGUGGAACUCGGGAGGGAGAUGCCAUAGGGAGACCGAGCCGAUAUUCAACCACACGUACCUCACCGAGUACCCCGAGAGGAUGAGAGUACUGGAGAAGGUCAUGAGCCGGAUGAAGACCCCUGUGAUAUACCUCAACAUCAGCCGGCUCACCGACUACCGGAAGGACGGCCACCCGUCGGUGUACCGGGUGCGCUACGACACGGAGGAGGAGCGGAUGGCGGCGGCGGCGACCAAGCAGGACUGCAGCCACUGGUGCCUGCCGGGCGUGCCGGACACGUGGAAUGAGCUGCUGUAUGCCUCGCUGCUCCAGGCAGGCAAAGGUUCCUGGAGACUAUGAUAGGAUGGUUACAUGAAUUUUGUUAUCCUUUUUAUAGCUUGCGAGGGGUAGAUAAGAUUUACAUGUAGUUCACAAAGUUCGGUUCUGUGAUUAGAGGUGGAUAAACUUG